AUGGAUAGCUGUCCAACAUGUGGUGAGUCUAGGUGGAAAGAUACUGUGGGUACAGAAAAGGAUGAUCCUGUUGUCACUGGUGGUGGAAAAAAGCUUUUUCCCCGUAAGAUCCUUCGUUAUUUUCCACUUAUUCCUCGUUUGCAAAGAUUGUAUAUGAGAGCAUCAACAUCUUCACUGAUGCGUUGGCACAAGGAAGAACGGGUGCGUGAUGGGAAAAUGCGUCACCCUGCAGACUCAUUGGCAUGGCAGCAUGUGGAUGGCGAGUAUAAGAAUUUUGCAUCGGACCCUCGCAAUGUAAGGCUUGGUCUUGCAGCUGAUGGCUUCAACCCGUUUGGGAUGUUGAAUGUUUCAUAUACUACAUGGCCUGUCAUCCUAAUCCCUUACAACUUGCCUCCGUGGUUGUGUUUGAAACAACCAUACUGGAUGAUGUCUAUGUUGAUACCAGGGCCGAAAUCACCAGAAAUGAAUAUUGAUGUCUAUUUGCAGCCCCUGAUUGAUGAGCUGAAGGAAUUGUGGGUAAAAGGUGUUGAAACAUGGGAUGCGAAGGUAAAGAAGAAUUUUACUCUUCGUGCGCUUCUAAUAAGGACCAUAAAUGAUUUUCCUGCCUAUGCCAUGCUAUCUGGUUGGAGUACGAAAGGAAAGUUUGCAUGUUCAUAUUGCCACAAAGAUACAGACUACUUAUGGUUGAAAUUCGGGUCGAAGCACUGCUACUUGGGUCAUUGGCGGUUUCUACCUCAGAACCAUAGGUGGCGUAGGAACAAAAAAAGCGUCAACAACAAGGUAGAGAUGAGGGAGGCACCUGUGCCAUUGACUGGUCCACAAGUUUUACAACAAUAUGAAAGGUUUGAGCAACCAAAAUUUGGGACAGCCACAAAAAAGAGGAAGCAACGUGAAAAAGAGAGUAGGUGGCACAACUGGAGAAAGAAGAGUAUAUUUUUUGAGCUGCCUUACUGGAAAAAAUUGCUUGUAAGGCAUAAUUUGGAUGUUAUGCACAUCGAGAAAAAUAUCUGUGAGAGCAUAAUUGGGACGUUGCUUGACUUAGAUGGGAAGUGUAAGGAUAGUGACAAGGCACGGCUUGACAUGCAACUUCUUGGGAUAAGGCAGGAUCAACAUCCAGUGCUAGAGAAUGGUCGAUAUACUUUGCCACCAUCACUGUACUCAUUAGGCAAGGAGGAGAAGAUCAUGUUAUGUAGAUUCCUAGAAGGAGUGAGGAUGCCUGAUGGUUAUGCAUCUAAUAUAAAGAGAUGUGUGGAUGUCAAUGGUUGCAAGGUUUCUGGACUGAAAUCACAUGACUAUCAUGUUAUUUUGCAGAAACUGUUACCCUUAGUUGCACACCACAUAUUGCCUGAAGAUGUUGCUAGACCAUUGAUUGAGCUUAGCAGGUUUUUCAAUGCGCUAUGUUCAAAGGAGCUGGUGCAAGGUGACAUUGAAAAACUAAGCACUUCAAUUGCUGAGACUUUAUGUCGGCUUGAGAUGAUAUUUCCACUAGUAUUUUUUGAUAUUAUGAUGCACCUGCCAGUUCAUUUAGCUGAGGAGACUAAAAUUGGAGGACCAGUGUGUUAUCGGUGGAUGUAUCCAAUCGAGAGGUAUCUGCGUACACUUAAAGGAUAUGUUAGAAACAAGGCACAACCAGAAGGCUCAAUAGCUGAGGGAUAUAUCUCAGAGGAGUGCAUGACAUUUUGCUCUCGCUUCCUAGAAGACAUUGACAUGAAGCUGAAUCGCCCAACCCGUCAUGAGAGCAGCGCAGUGAAUGAACCACCAGCUGGGCUUAGCAUAAUUGGGAGCAUCGACUACAGUAAGAAAGGUUGCAAAAUUGAGCAUAUUUCAAGAUUUGACAUGCUGCAGAUGCGGCACUACAUAUUAUCAAACUGUGAUGAGGCAAUUCCAUGGAUUAAUGAGCAUAAGGAGCUGAUGAGAAGAACAAGUGCACAUGGCAUUGAUAAGCGUCAUAGGGAGCAUUUUGUUGGGUGGUUUGAACGUAAGAUGAAGGUAGUUUAUGCAGAAGGGAAGAUUAGUGAUGAGCUAUAUGCCCUUUCUCAGGGUCCACACUACCUGGCUCGUGUUUUCAACAGAUGCUUCAUUCAUGAUUUCCUUUUUCGCACGGCUUCUACAGAGGUCAACUUCACUACACAAAAUUCUGGAGUUUUAGUGAAGGGUGAUGAUAAUAUGGGCAAUAUGGAUUGGUAUGGUGUCCUCAAAAAGAUAAUCACACUAGAUUUCCCUGGAGAAAAUGAAGUCAUUAUGUUUGAGUGUGAUUGGUACGACAUUCCUGCUGCUACUAAGAACAAAAAACCAGAAGAGAAUGAACAACAAGGACAGAUUGAUAUUGACUCACUCGACAUCGGUGUGGAGACCAUGAACAUUUCUACUCAACAUGAAGAGUUGACAAAUUGGACAAGGAAUGACCUCCAAGGAGUGACCGGAGAUGCUAGCAUCAUUGAAACUGCUAUACCUGUGCCAGAACCAAAUGAUGAUGACUUAGUUGAUGAACAUGAUGAUAAUGAUGACACCUACAUCGACGAUGGACAUAUUGCACCUGUUAACUCUUUAGGCCAAGGAUAG